AUGAAUAAUCAACCGCAUAACGGACCCCCAAACUUCGAUCGAGAUCGAGAUAUGGAAGAACAACUCAGACAACGUGCUUUACAGCAUAAGCAGGAAGAGAUCACGGCGCAGCGCGAGCGCGAGCUUGAGAGGCAAGAAAGAGAUCGACAACACAGAGAACAAACAUAUCAACCAGCACCUCCUCAUCAGAGCAACACCGGUAGCAUACCCUUACAUCAACCUGUUGCGAACCGGGCAACUACAGCAAUGCAUAGUCCAGGAGGGAUUCUUGCUACGCAUGGUACUCCAUUAGGAGCUCCAAGCGGACCUGUGAACGCCUUUGGUGGACCGCUUCAUAAUGAUGCAGCACGCACUUUGCAACAUCAUGCUCAAAACUCCGCGCAGCAACCCCUCCAGCAAUCCAUAUUUGGCUCCGAGCCUAUCUUCAGCCGUGGUUCGGGUGGCCCCCAGUCAAAUGUGCCACUUGGAGUACCAGAUGUUGGCUUUGGCAGGCCACAACUAGUUCCACGAGAGACGACUCAACAGGAAGUAGCAGCCGCAAGGUUGAUGCCAUUCACACCUGUUACACCUGGUCAUCAGAUGCCUGGGCCAGCUGGUCUGACACAAGUUGGCCAACAGCCAAUUCUUAAUGAUGCUCUUAGUUAUCUCGACCAAGUCAAAGUUCAGUUUUCAGAUCAACCUGACGUUUAUAAUCGGUUUCUUGAUAUCAUGAAAGACUUCAAAAGUCAAGCAAUCGAUACUCCUGGUGUUAUCAAUCGGGUUUCCGAACUCUUUGCAGGUCAUCCAAAUUUGAUUCAAGGCUUCAAUACAUUUCUACCACCUGGAUAUAGAAUUGAGUGCGGUGCCGACAAUAAUCCAAAUACAAUUAGAGUCACGACUCCAAUGGGAACAACUGUUCAAUCAAUUCCUGGAGCUGGUCGUGUACUUGGGGAAACUGUAGUUAGCCACGGCAGCGGCGCAAACGGCUUUUACAAUCCUCAACGUCCAGGAAAUUGGCAGCAACAACCACAACAUAGCAUCGAAAGUCCAGAAGCCGUGUUUAGUCCACCUCACCAGAAUGCUACGGUUCCUUAUGGUCACAAUCAAGCGCAAAUUGGACCAUACGACGCACAAACGCAAGCGCAAGCAGCAGCAGCAGCCGCCGCGGCCGCAGCUCAUCAACAACAGCAGCGGGGUGUUUCUCAAUUGACUAACGCUGUCAGUGCAACUUUAGGUCAACCACCGAGAAACACGCAAACCCCAACGCCGGGCGGUAGCUCUGGUAAUCUGAACGGUUCCAGUGCGCAAGCGGGCAUGGAAAAGCGUGGCCCGGUUGAGUUUAAUCAUGCAAUAAGCUAUGUUAACAAAAUUAAGAACCGUUUCCAAGACAAACCUGAAAUUUAUAAACAGUUUCUCGAAAUUCUCCAAACAUACCAACGCGAAUCUAAACCUAUUCAGGACGUUUAUAGUCAGGUAACUACCUUGUUUGGUACGGCGCCAGAUCUUCUUGAAGAUUUCAAACAAUUUCUUCCCGAAUCAGCUGCACAAGCAAAGGCUGCGAAGGAGGCCGCGGAGGAAGCAACAGCAAUGCCAGAUUCUUCUCAAAGUGCUCAACUUGGAAAUAGAGGUCCUACAGGAGAUCCCAAACUCCCAAUUAUGGGAAACUUUCCCAUCCCUGUAUCUACUAAUGGCAAAACAGAAAAAAAGCGCAAGCCUCUCACUCAAGGAACCAAUUCGCAAAUGGGUAAUGGAGGAGAAGGCUCUCGAUCGAAAACCCAUCAUAACAGUAAACCACAAGCUGCUGAUGCAGCUGCGGUAUCUCCGACCUUAACGCCAAUCGUACCCGAACCACUUCCUCCUGCAUCGAUGUCUGCCGCGAGUUCUGAAGAAUUGGCUUUCUUCGAUCGCGUGAAGAAAUAUAUUGGCAAUAAGUCCACUAUGAAUGAGUUUUUGAAGCUCUGUAACCUUUUCUCACAAGACUUGAUAGAUCGAAACGUCCUCGUAUUCAAAGUUCAUAAUUUCAUUGGUGGAAGUGCGGACCUGAUGAAUUGGUUUAAAGCCUUUGUUAAUUAUGAAGGCGUCGACGAGGUCAUCGAUAAUCGCCCAAAGGCUCCGACAGGAAGAGUUGCGUUGAGUAAUUGUCGAGGCUUGGGGCCAAGUUAUCGCUUGUUACCGAAAAGAGAACGAUUGAAGCCUUGUAGUGGUCGAGAUGAGAUGUGCCAAGCCGUUCUUAACGAUGACUGGGCUUCGCAUCCCACAUGGGCAUCAGAAGAUUCGGGUUUCGUAGCUCAUCGAAAGAAUAUUUUCGAGGAAGGUCUUCACCGCAUCGAAGAAGAACGUCACGAUUACGAUUUCAACAUUGAAUGUAACGCCAAAGUAAUACAACUUCUUGAACCAAUCGCACAGCAGAUCGUUGCCAUGGAUCCAGCUGAGAGGCAGAACUUUCGCAUGCCCAACACUGCUGGUCCAAACCAAGCUAUUUACAAGCGUGUAUUGAAGAAAAUUUAUGGUGCAGAGAAAGGUCCACAAGUCGUUACCGAUCUAAUUCAAGAUCCUUGCGCUGUGUUACCUGUAAUUUUAGCACGACUCAAGCAGAAGGAUGAAGAAUGGACCUUUACUAGACGUGAAUGGAAUCCUGUCUGGGGUGCACAAGGUGGUGUUAUGUACCUGAAAAGUCUUGACCACAUGGGCAUUCACGUCAAGCAAGCCGACAAGAAGCAUUUUGCUGCAAAGCAUUUAGUGGAUUCUAUUAAGACCAAACACGAAGAACAGCGACGCCUUAGAAGUUCGAGAGGUCCCACGCCAAAAUAUCAGUACUCCUACCAAUUUGCUGAUCAAGAGGUCAUCUGCCAGCUUUUACAUAUCAUGAUUGUCUAUGCCUGCAAUGCAAGCCAACACAGUAGUUCCGAGCGUCGACGCAUUGCGGACUUCUUUGAGAAGUUUGUAUCUACAUUCUUUGACUUACCUGAGGAUCUUGUUGCACUUCACACUGCUGACAUUGAUCGUGGAACUCCUGAUGAUGAUUACGAAGAUAUUACCCCGGCUGAGCUUUCUAAUGGCCGAGGCAGGCGACCAGUAAAUGGAAAGAAAGCAGACCUACGACGAGGAGUACUUGAUAAAGGUCGCAAUGGCACAAGAGGCCGGGGACAGAAGGAAGACAGCGCUACUGGCAGUAAAGAAUCUACACCAGAUGUUGAUUCUAAUGUGGAUGAAGAAGUCAACGAAGCAGCUGAAGAUAGAACUAUCACUGAAGUCACUAACGAGCGUUGGGCUGCUGUGCCAGGUGCAGUUGCUGUCCAAGGAACAAAACCUCUUGAAUCUGACGACUUGGAAAUGAAAGCGGAUCAACCAUUUCAACGCGAUUGGUAUAAUCUGUACUGCAACCAAACCAUUUUUGUAUUCUUCAGCGUUUUCCAAACUCUUUAUCAAAGACUCAAGGACAUUAAAGAUGCAGAGAGCUCUGCGAGAGCAGAAAUGGAACGUGCAAAGAGUGGCAAACCUGCAAAACAAAUUGGUUUGCUAAGCGACAGAACGGAUGAUUUUACUAGUAUCGAAGAUGGCGAGUCUUGCUUCUCAAAAGUCCUGAGCAUUGUCGAAAAAUUUAUCAAGAGCGAAUAUGAUGACACUAAAUACCAAGACUACCUCCGACGUUACUACUUGCAGACAGGAUGGAAGAUAUACACCAUAAGCGACCUUCUUAAGACUCUUUGUCGCCUUGGCUCCACCUGCUCAUCUCCCGAUGCCAAGGAGAAGACUCCGGAUCUCAUUGAACAAUUUUUACGCAACAGAGAGUCGAAAGAAACAUCUUAUAAUAUUGAGAUUAAUUUACGGAAACAAGCCGAUAAAUACAUCAAAGAUUCAGAAUUAUUCUUGAUCAGAUGGUACCCCAAAAAGAAUGAAGCGACAUCACAGUGGGUCCAUCGAGACGAAACUACAUUCGAUCUUGAUAUAAUGCAACGAAAAGAGCGUUGGCAAUAUUAUACAUCUUCUUAUGUUCGUAUUGAACCGACCGAAGGCGUCCCCCGUAGACUUCUUCGCAAGAGCCUCCUUACCCGCAAUUUACCAUCAGGAGAUACAGAUUCUGAAGAUGGUUCUAAUCAACGUAAACCUCUUGUUUGGGGCGAGGAUCUAACGCUCAGAAUCUGCGUCAAUAGUUACAAGAUCAUCUACAAGGAACCCGGCGUGGAAUAUUUCAUUUAUGCCGAUAAAGCUCUAGGCGGGGGUGAAGAGGGUGAGACUAGACAAAGGUUGAAGAAGGUUGAGGAAUCAAGAAACCAAAGAUUUCAUGAGAAAUUUGGAAUGAAUAAUCGAUGGAUGAAGGAAAAGAGCCACGAAGAAGUUAGUAGGAUCAAUCAAGAAUUUAGAAAAUGGGUCAAUGAGGGUGUUCUUCCCUCAACACAGGCUGCUGGCAGUGGCAAUGUCGUUUCUGGGGCUACAUCAGCAGCACCUACUGCGUCAACGGCCACAGCAGCCGUUGAUAACGAGGUAGAUAUGGCUGAUUAA